AUGUUCAGCGGUUCCAACACCAAGGCCGCGGCACGUGCCAAGGCAAAGGGUCUCAAAAUCAACACCGAGAUUACCGGCAACUCCGCCCAAGAUGACGACAAGUUUGCCCAGCUCGCAACGGCCCCUCCCAGAAAGCAGACUUUCGAUGCAUUUGAAGCUGUUGCUGAGAAGCGAGGACUCUCAAAGCGGACCGAGGCUUUGAUGAACAACAACUGGAGAGACAACCGUCGAAGCCAAGACAGUUCUGAGGAACAUUCCACCCCUCUAGCAACCGCGCCUCCUGCGAAGACCGCAUUUUCUCAGGAAGAGACGCAGAAGCCAAAGCCCCAGCUUCGUGUCGAUACCUCUCUUGCCAACGAUACGGGCUACCGUUACGCAAACCGACAUGUCGUCGAUCCCGACCUGAUCUUCUCCGCACCAGCCACUAGAGACGAGUUUGUUGACGUGCUGGACAAGGUCGAGCCCCAAUCUGCUUCGACGGACGAUGGAGAUCUGCGAGACUGGCAACUUGUCACAAGCCAGCACCUGCCUAAGCCCAGCUAUCGUAGGGAGAACCCAUGGGCACCCACUCCCACCACCCAUGCGGGCUUCGACAGAAUCAUAAGUUGGGGCCCCUCUCACGAGGAGCCGUACUUUAGCUCGAGCCUAUCCAGCCCCCGCCCGCCUGUUGGAUAUUCGGAAGAGCAUGACCUGAGCUUCCCGCUCGCGCGUAUUCACGUGAUCAAGGAGUCCAAGAGACUUCACACGGACGAAUUCGACGUCGACUUGGCGCUUAGAAAGCAACUGGAGCAGCUUGUCAUCCCUCGCAGCGCAGGCCUUCCACCCAACAGACUGCGCAUCGAGUAUGAGCGUGGUCAAGAGGCCUUGGCUAGAAAGGCUGCUCAUGACGAAUCUGCUUCGAAGAAGAAGGGAGGUGGCCAGGACGGCACAGAGGUCUUAGCCCCUGGCCAAGAUAACGAACGAUUCCAUGCACUGCUAGGUCGACUGCAGAAGUCGGCCGCCCACCGAUUCGACAAGCUUCGGCGUAAGGCUUCCAAGGAUUCGGCAAUUAGUGGUCUGUCGGACGAGACUGAGAGCCAGAAGAAGGCCAAUACGCUGAACCCUAAGGCCAUCGAGUUCUGUAGCACGGCUUUCCAACCCCAGCCCCAGCCCCAGCGACCCGCGACUCUGGAUGGUGGCUCCCCCACCAGGUUCAACCGACCCUCGGUGAUUGAAGCUAUUAGAGAGCCCCGACCGGCGCCGACCCAUGAGGACAUAGAAGCCCUUCGUUCCCAAAUGGAGGAAAUCAAGGCACAGCUGUAUGCUGCACAGCUGGACGCUAGAAGAUCAGCAGAGCAGAAUGUUGCACAUAGAUUUGCCAGGGUUCCGCAGGGAAACUUCGGCAUGCAGGCUCCUAUGCAGCAAGCUCUGAUGAUGACCGGCCCAGCUAUCGAGCCUCAGAUGGGCAGAUUCGGAGAACACCAGGGCCUAGGCGGAUACCCUACUGCUCCGCCUCCAGGCUUUGGUCCGAUGCCCAGUCCUCCUCAAGUCAUGUCGAACGGCGUUCCGGGUAUGCAGCUUGGGCCCCAAAGCAACACCAUGGCACCGUCGGGUCCUUCCAGCUAUGCGCAGCCCAUGCCCAACGGUGCCCUCAACAUGAACAUGCCUGAGCCACACACCGGCGUUAGAGCCCCCAUGGUGGAUCCCGCGUUCGCUCAGGCCAUGGCCGGCAACAAAUACGGCAACAAUUACGGUAGCGCGAUGCCCGCUUCUGGUUACGCCGGCGGCCAAUUCAACAACCAGAUCCCGCAGAUGGGAGCACCUGGUUUCCCCAUUGCGAACCAAUCUCAACCGUACAACCCACCUGUUGGAUGCCUCCCUGGCACCACGCAGUUCUGGGCCAAGACGGCAUUCGGACCCAAGCCCGUCCCGAAGCCGAAGGGACCUCUGUUCCCCGGCGACACGAGCCAGUGCAUGAAGCAGCAGCAGUACGAGGAGUGGCUCGAACACUGCCGCGCUACUGAUCCGGCUUAUGCCAUGAAAUGCAAAGAACGCCAGGCCCGCCGCGCCGCGCGUUCGCAAUCGCAGCGCUCUUCUGGUAACGACGGUGGCGACAGCAAGACUGGCCACACGGGUGGCGAAAAGGCCGAUGAGAAGGCCGGCGAGAAGACCGACGAGAAAACUGACAAAAAAUCCGACAAGGAGCCUGUUGAGAUGAGUGACGAGGAAAAGACUGGUCACACAGAUAGCGAGGAGACUGAGAUGAACUGUGACGACCAAAAGAACGAGGAGACCAGCGAAAAGGCAUGA